GCCCCGGGGCAUUCGUACUUAAUAUGACGAUGGCGGUAGCAAGAGCCUUGUCGAUAAGCGGGCCGCCAACGUCAAAUAAUCUUCUGGUGGGAUGACGGUUGACUCUUGACCCACAACAACCACAUCGCUUUGCAAUCAUGUCCACUUUUGGCUCGCACUUCAGGGUCACCACGUAUGUCCUCUGCCGGUAUUCUCGAUUUUUUUUUUCAUCCUUUAACGCAACCACUGUAGCUAUGGCGAGUCCCACUGCCUGUCGGUGGGCUGCAUUGUUGACGGGGUGCCGCCCGGCAUGGCCCUCACCGAGGACGACAUCCAGCCGCAGAUGACGCGCCGGCGACCGGGCCAGUCUGCUAUUACGACGCCGCGCAAUGAGAAGGACCGUGUGGAGAUACAGUCGGGCACGGAAUUCGGUAUCACUCUGGGGACACCCAUCGGCAUCAGAGUCUUGAACGAGAACCAGCGCAAGCAGGAUUACGGCAACCAGACAAUGGACUUGUAUCCCCGGCCCAGCCACGCCGACUGGACAUACCUAGAGAAAUACGGAGUCAAGGCAAGCUCCGGAGGCGGACGGAGCAGUGCACGGGAAACGAUAGGACGAGUAGCUGCAGGCGCCAUCGCCGAAAAGUACCUGCGUGAAGCCUUUGGCGUCGAGAUUGUUGCCUUCACAGCCUCCAUUGGCAACGAGUUCCUGUUCCCUCCGACACCCACGCACCCCACGUCGGCGACGAACCCCGAAUUCCUCAAACUCAUCGAGACGAUCGAUCGCACAACCGUGGACUCCUUCCUGCCCGUUCGGGCGCCCAAUGCCGAAGUCAGUGAGCGCAUGGAGAAGCUUGUGCAGGAGUAUAAGGCGCGUGAAGACAGCAUAGGCGGGACGGUGACUUGCGUGAUACGGAAUUGCCCCAGCGGGUUGGGCGAGCCAUGCUUUGACAAGCUGGAGGCCAAGCUGGCGCAUGCCAUGCUGAGCAUCCCAGCGACCAAGGGGUUUGAGCUUGGGUCGGGAUUUGGGGGCUGCCAGGUGCCUGGGUCGGUACACAACGACCCCUUCAUCAAGGCGCCUGCGGUUCCGGCGGGGCAGACACACGCAACGGUGCCGCGACCGCGGCUGACGACCAAGACCAACAACUCUGGCGGGAUCCAGGGCGGCAUCUCGAACGGGGCGCCCAUCUACUUCACCGUGGCCUUCAAGCCGCCGGCAACGAUUGGGCAGGCGCAGAAGACGGCGACGUACGAUGAGGAGGAAGGGGUGCUCGAGGCCAAGGGGCGACACGACCCGUGUGUGGUGCCGCGGGCAGUGCCCAUUGUCGAGUCGAUGGCGGCGCUGGUCAUCAUGGACGCUGUGCUCGCACAAAAGGCUCGCGAGUCGGCACGGAGUCUGCUGCCACCGCUGAAGGGGGUGGUGCCCGUUGGCCAAGGGCGGCCGCAGCAGUAGGUGAGGAUUAGACGGACGGUGAGGGCAUGCAGGACGGCAGGGCUGUCCCAGGAACCAUGGUUUCGGGGUGAAGGAUUCGGUUGGCUGAGUAGCGCAAGGUACUCAUGACACAGUGCUACAUGGUUGCAGAAGGCAAUGUGGAGGCUGGGGCUGGCAGAG